CCUGCUCAUCAUCAUAUAUAUUUCCAUCGAUCGAUCACACUAACUAGGUAACCAGGCCAUCUAGCGCGCUUGAUCAUCAAACGAUCAUGGGACAGGUCCUCAAAGGCAUAGCUGUGGCAAUAGGACAAAGCCUAGCACACGGCGUAGUCGUCCCUGGUCUCAUCGAAUUCUUGAAUGCUUCGCCAACUGCUUUCCAUGCCGUUGAUGAGGCAAAGAAACGGUUGGUAGCUGCGGGGUAUGAGCAAGUCUUGGAAAGAGAGGAUUGGAUAUUGGAAGUCGGGAAGAAAUACUUCUUCACCUGGAAUUACUCCUCGAUCAUCGCUUUCGCAAUCGGUAAAAAAUAUGUCGCUGGAAAUGGAUUUCAUAUCAUUGGUGCUCAUACCGACAGUCCUUGUCUGAAACUGAAGCCGGUUUCCAAGGUAACCAAAGGUGGGUAUUUGGAGGUUGGUGUCCAAACGCAUGGGGGUGGUUUGUGGCGUACUUGGUUUGAUCGUGACUUAACGGUUGCCGGAAGAGUGAUAAUCAGAGAAGCAAAAAAUGGUUCUGGUUCUGUUUCGUACUCGCAUCGUCUUGUUAGAAUUAAGGAGCCCAUCAUGCGGAUCCCGACCCUGGCGAUUCACUUGGACAGGGGCUAUAAUGAUGAAUUUAUGUUCAACACAGAGAAUCAUCUUCUUCCUGUCUUGGCAACAUCAAUUAAGGCAGAGAUCAAUAAAAAUGGUGCUGCAGAUGGUUCAGGCAAUAGUAGUGGUCAGACUAAUGGAAAAAAUGGUAAUGAAAGAACUACCACUAAUAGCUCAAAGCAUCACUCGCUCCUAUUACAGCUGCUUGCAAAUCAGAUUGGCUGUGAACCUGAUGAUAUAUGUGAUUUUGAGUUGCAAGCAUGUGACACCCAACCGAGUAUUAUAGCAGGUGCCAGAAAGGAAUUCAUCUUCUCAGGGCGGCUUGAUAAUCUCUGCAUGUCAUUUUGCUCCCUAAUGGCACUGAUAGCUUCAUCUUCUGAAAGUUCUCUUGAGGAUGAGACUGGUGUUAGAAUGGUGGCCUUGUUUGAUCAUGAGGAGGCUGGGUCUAACUCAGCCCAAGGAGCUGGGUCUCCUCUCCUGAUAAAUGACAUGUCACGCAUUACAAAUUCCUUUGACCCGGCUUCUAAGGCACUGAUAGCUUCAUCUUCUGAAAGUUCUCUUGAGGAUGAGACUGGUGUUAGAGUGGUGGCCUUGUUUGAUCAUGAGGAGGCUGGGUCUAACUCAGCCCAAGGAGCUGGGUCUCCUCUCCUGAUAAAUGACAUGUCACGCAUUACAAAUUCCUUUGACCCGGCUUCUAAGGCACUGAUAGCUUCAUCUUCUGAAAGUUCUCUUGAGGAUGAGACUGGUGUUAGAAUGGUGGCCUUGUUUGAUCAUGAGGAGGCUGGGUCUAACUCAGCCCAAGGAGCUGGGUCUCCUCUCCUGAUAAAUGACAUGUCACGCAUUACAAAUUCCUUUGACCCGGCUUCUAAGGCACUGAUAGCUUCAUCUUCUGAAAGUUCUCUUGAGGAUGAGGAUGAGGAUGAGACUGGUGUUGGAAUGGUGGCCUUGUUUGAUCAUGAGGAGGCUGGGUCUAACUCAGCCCAAGGAGCUGGGUCUCCUCUCCUGAUAAAUGCCAUGUCACGCAUUACAAAUUCCUUUGACCCGGCUUCUAAGGCAUUGAUAGAUUCUACUUCUUCUGAAAGCAGUCUUGAGGAUGAGACUGGUGUUAGACUCGUAGCCUUGUUCGAUCAUGAGGAGGUUGGGUCUAACUCCGCUCAAGGAGCUGGGUCUCCUGUCAUGCUAGACUCUUUAUCACGAAUUACAGACUCCUUUGGCCCAGAUUCUAAGCUGCUUGAGAAAGCUAUCCAGAGGAGUUUCCUUGUAUCUGCUGACAUGGCACAUGCAUUGCACCCUAACUAUAUGGACAAACAUGAAGAUAAUCAUCAGCCAAAGAUGCAUGGAGGGCUUGUCAUUAAACACAAUGCAAAUCAACGCUAUGCAACCAAUGCGGUCACUUCCUUCAUAUUCAAAGAAAUAGCAGCAAAGCAUAACCUUCCUGUUCAGGAAUUUGUGGUCCGCAAUUACAUGCCAUGUGGUCCAACCAUUGGUCCUAUCCUUGCAAGCGGUGUGGGGAUUCGUACGGUUGAUGUAGGCGCACCCCAGCUAUCAAUGCACAGUAUUCGAGAAAUGUGUGCCAUAGAUGAUGUGAUGCAUUCAUAUGAGCAUUUCAAGGCUUAUUUUCAAGAAUUCUCACAUCUAGACGCAAAGAUGACAGUUGACGUAUAGGCUUGUGCUGUGUCUGUCUUUGGAAAUUCAGCAUGGUUAUAAUGUAAUAAUGCUUGAAACAAUAUUAAAUGAACUGCUGGAAUGUUGUGCUGGAUCUGCAAAGUACUUGGCUGUUUUCAAACGAAGUUGAAUUAAAAUCAAU